CAAAUUAACGAGUAUACCCGAUAGUUGACGGGUAUUAACCUAGGUAUAGACCUCGAUUUUACAACUAGGUAUGAAUAUGAAAAUACCAAUACUCGACCUGAACCAGCCUAUCGCCAACCUUAAGAAAGGCUCUAAGAGGAGGAGGGGUGGUGCGUUAUUUUUCCGUGAUAAAGGAAUGUUCACGCGUGGAGAAAACAUUUGACCACCGCCACCAAAACUUCAACGCGUGAUAGGCUCAAUUCCGUGAUAAAAUCAACGCGUCAUGGGGUGUGGAUGUGAGGGGGUGUGGGGGUUUAUUGUUGGGUGUUGUGAGUGAUGACCAUUGCCACCAAAAAAAGUUGUGAGCGAUGGAAAAAUGGUUGAUGACAUGACGGAACUUGAUUAGGUGCGUGUGAGUGAUGAAAUUCUAUCACUAGUGACCACCCCACCCCUGACACUCGCAUUAAAAAAAAUGAGAAACUGAAUCUCCGUACCUCUCGCAUGCAAAUCGGAAAUCCAGUAAUCCACCAUUGUAGCUACAUUAAGAUCGAAAUCAGCCACCAUAACCAUGGACCACGAUGGCGGCAGCAGCCUCCACACUCGAUCUAAAGCAGCACCGGAUUGGACCGUAGAGGAAUCCCUAAUUCUAGUCAACGAGGUUACCGCCAUUGAAGCUGAUUGUCGCGACACACUAUCCUCUUUCCAGAAAUGGAAGAUCAUAGUGGAGAAUUGCAAUGCAUUGGGCGUCAAUCGCAACCUCAACCACUGCCGGAGAAAAUGGGACUCGUUGCUCUCCGAUUACAAAAAAAUUAAACAGUCCGGUUCCAAGAAAGCCAGCUUCAAUUCUGAAUUGUUCAAAGGGAUCGAACGCUACGUUAGGGAAUUCGAGUGCGGUGGUUAUGACACUGAGGCGGAUACUGAUACCGAUACCGAUGCACCGCCUGUUUUUGUUCUACAAUCCGAUCUAUUGAAUCAAAGGUCCAAGAUGACAGCACCUCAGAAACAUAUAGCAGAAGUGAAAUCAAAGCCAACAAGAAGUCUGAAAAGUGAGAAGAAUGAUAUUGAGGAAUGCAGUUCAGAGCACCAAGUGGAUCAUCACACACAUAGGUUAAAUGAAAGUAAAAGGUUUGUUGAAGUUAGUAAGUUGGAUCAUGAACAUAACAUGGGUGAGAAACUGAGGGAAAAUGCGGAAAUGAUCGAAGCUAUAGUUAACAAUGGCAAUGGAGCAAAUGAUUUAACUAGGAUCAAUGGUGAUAAGAUUAGUAUUUGUCUCGAUAAUCUAGCAGCCGCCCUUGAUGAGCUUUGCAGAUUGCAAACUGAUUCAGUAGUGUAGGGUUUAUUUUGAAGUCUAGUUUUGUGUCCGCGGUCUUGUUAGGUUAGUUUGAUGUGUUUUCUUGGAAUGAUCUGUACUUGUUGGUUUGACUAUGAAACUUUUAUGUAAGAUAUUAAUGUCAGA